AUGGCCAGCUCAGCAGCUAGUGGAUUUGUGGUCGUCACCCAGGUGUACCCUCAGCAAAGUGGUCCUACUGCACCAGCUUUCUGCACUACCUCACAUGUUUCCUCUGCGUUGGGAAAGUUUCUGAAAGGAGAUCCAAAGGCACUGGGGACAGUGCAAAUAAUGAUUGGAGUGCUGAACAUAUUAUUUGGCAUCACAAUGGCCGUCUAUGCUGACAGCAUUGGUGUUUACUCUGGGAUUGUUUUCUGGGGAGCACUUAUUUACAUUUCCUCAGGAGCUUUGAGUGUUGCCGCUAACAACAAACUCAACAAAUGCCUGGUGAGAGGAGCACUUGGAAUGAAUAUCAUCAGCACCAUAACUGCUGGCCUUGCGAUAAUCCUGUUCUCCCUGGACUUUGUUGUUGAAAUGAGAUAUUCCUGCUCUGGCAGUGACAAUUCAUAUGCCUCCUACUCUUGCCAAAGGCUUUGGCAUAUUCUUGAGACCAGGUCACAUGGGAUUAAAGGAGUGCUGUUGGUUUUCUCCAUCCUGGAGUUCAUCAUCUCCAUCUGUGUGUCAGCAUUUGCAUGCAAAGCAGUGUGUGACUGCUCCACAGAGCAAGUGGUAUAUAUAACACCCGCAAGCAGUCAAGUCAUAUCAGAUAAUCGUCUCAUCUCAACACCAAAUACUUAUCAGACAACAGUUUCACCCGUUUUGGGCCAAACUGUGAUGGGCAGCAUGCAAACAGACAAGCCUCCUCAAUAUGAUGAAGUCCUUCCUUGAAAGACAUCAGUGGGCAUGUUCAUAUAGAUCCUCUCUUUUUUAAUCUAAAAAGACUUUCAAGAUAAUAAAUAAUCUUUUGAUUUUCCCUAUAAACAACAGAAAUAGAUUAGCUACUUUGUGUUUUGUGUCUUUCAUAACAUAUCCAGUAUACAUUUUUUAUCAGCGGCAUCAUGUAUUUUACAAAAUAUUGCUAUGUAUGUUACCAAUCAUAUAAAGCAGGGCCUCCUUACAGUUCAGAAGGCUAAAUAUGUUUUGGUUACAUUUGGUCUGUAGCCAUGGAAUAAACAGCACCCUUCAUGUGUAAUUAGUAGUAUUAAUGACACAUUAUAUUAAAUUACAUUAUACACAUUACAGGGGAGAUCCCACUUUUGCAGUGGUAGCCCUCAAACUCUAGAACGAGUUGCCUCUCCAUGUUAGGCCUGCCCCUACACUGCCUGUUUUUAAAUCCCGUCUUAAAAUGCAUUUUUAUUCCUUGGCUAACUCAGUAUGAGAGUUGCCCUUCUUUUUCUUUUUUUUCUUAUGAUCUUAUUGUUUUUUUUUUUUUGUUGUCCUUUUGUCUUUUAAACUGGUCUUUGUGUUUUUAUUGUGUUGUUUUUAGGGUUUUGCUAUUUCUGAGUGUACAGCACUUGGACUGGAUUGGAUUAUACCUGGAAAUAAAAUGUUUAAAUUUCAAAAUGUGCUUUUUGUUAUCCAAGUACAAGAAACAGCAGUUCAGUGGUCUAGUUGCGAACCCACCCAAAUUACCUUUCCAGUUUGUUUGACCUAUGGGCAGCACUUUAAAUGAGAAUCAUAAUAAAGAGCCAACCUUGAACACAGUUCUGAACGAUAAAACCACUAUUAAUGUACAUGUCUUCAAGCCAUGAUGUGGCGCAUGCAAACAUUAUGUAGCUGAUUCAUUGCCAUGUUGAGGAGGGCCAAUGGGGGGGAAAAAAUCACCUUUUAAAAUUCAAAGAAAUCCCCAGCUAAAUUUUGAUGCAACUAAUAUUGAACAAGACAAAAUUAAGCGGUGAAAAUCAAUAAAGUGCAGACUGCCAAUUUGAGGGUAUUUAUGUGCAUAUGGGAUGAACCGUGUAGGAAUUACAGUCCUGCAGAUUAAAUCUGACAUAAAUGGUUAUUUCUAUGUAUA